CCACACCUAUUCUGUGCUGUAGUAACGGAGGGUGAUCCGCCCGCCGGCGAUACACACCAUGCUACCCUGUUCUAACUCCAAUUUUACACGCAGAAAAACUCACACAAGCAGACUGUUGUAGUUUUAUCUCUCUCCCACUGGACCUGGUUGGAUAUUUUGGACGUUUCUUCGACUUUUAUAUUUAUUUUGAGUUUCUCUUGUAAGGACAGUUGAAGAUUCUGCAAUCAAACAUGUUGCAAAGCUUCGCUCAGGCGCAAGAUUGGCUUUACACGGAGCCGCUGCUCUUUGAUGAUGAAUUCUGCCAGAGUUUGAUGAAGGACCUCCAGUCCUUGCCGACACCGCCGCACUCCCCCCCAUUGAAGACUGGGCUGGGUGGGAGUAAACCUCUGUCCAAGGAAGACCAGCUGAGCUAUGUGUCGGACAUCCUGCUGGAGGACCAUGACAUGCAGUUCAACUGGAACUGUGACUUCUUUCACUCUGAUGAUGCUGAGAAGGACGGCGGGCCCAGCCAGCCCUGCUCCCCUCUGGAGGAGGGUGGCGAGGACUGUCUGUGGCAGUGCCUGGCAGUAGACAGGAGCCUGGAGGAGAAGCUGGUCUCCACGGUGCUGGGUUCCAGCCCGCUGCUGUCUGACAUUGACACCAGCAUCUUUGAGGAGAUCGCUGGCUCCACGCUGGAUUGCCAGAACCUGAUGGACACUCAGGAACCCAGUGAAUCCACAUCAGGCUACGGAUCCACUGGGGGCGAGCUGUCCGCCUAUUCAUCCAGUGACUCUGAGGAGGAGAUUGAUGUCGUGACGGUGGUGCGGUGUCCCUCCAGCUCCUCCUCCCUGCCCUCAUUAGCUGACCUGUCUGUCCGUCAGCAGAAGCAGGAAGAGGAGCAGCGGGAGCGGGCUCUCCAGCUUCACUUUGAGAUCCAGCUGCAACACAACUAUGCCGCACCCUGCCCCGCCUCCCCCCCACCUUCCUCCUCAUCCAACAAACGUUCGAGAGGAAACGACAGCUCAUCACGCUUCCACCACUCGUCUCGUAGCUCUUCUUCUUCAUCAUCAUCAUCAUCAUCAUUGUCGUCAUCGUCGAGGUACCACCACCACCACUCGUACCGGAACUCAACAGAAACAGAGGAUGAGGAGGAGCGGCGGCGGACUCACAACGUGAUGGAGCGCCAGCGACGGAAUGAGCUGAAGAACUGCUUCAUGCGCCUGCGUGACAACGUGCCGGAGUUGUCGCACAAUGACAAGGCAUCUAAGGUAGUGAUCCUGAAGAAGGCCAGAGACUGCAUCUACGACCUGGAGGACAAGUGCCACAGACUGCAAGCCAAGAGGGACAAACUUCGAGCCAGACAGGAAGAGCUGAAAGCCAGACUGGAGCAGUUCCACAGCUAAUGGACCGGGGUUAAGCUUGGGGUGAAGCUUGGGGUGAAGCAUGGCCUGCAUCUGUAGGCGUUCAGAGACAUCAUGGAUAAGUGUUGAAGCGGUGUACAGUGUCUGCGCUCGUUUGUGGUGUCAGUGCAGGUUGAAAUGUCCCGCCAUCACACUGCAGACAAAAUUACAUCCAGCGGCAGAAACACCUGUCUGUCCAUCAGCAGAGGCAGGAAGAGGAGCAGCGGGAGCGGGCUCUCCAGCUUCACUUUGAGAUCCAGCUGCAACACAACUGUGCCCCCCCCCACCUUCCUCCUCAU